CUUUAUAUAUAUUUUUUAAAAAACAACACUUUCCUUCAUUUUCCGCUACAUCACACUCUCUCUCACACACACAACACCAUAAGCCAACCAAAGCAAGAGAGGGAAAACAAAAAGUAGAAGAAGAAAAUGUCGUGGCAAACUUACGUGGAUGAGCACUUGAUGUGCGACAUUGACGGCUCCGGCCAACAUCUCACCGCCGCCGCCAUCAUCGGCCACGACGGCUCCAUCUGGGCUCAAAGCUCUUCCUUCCCUCAGAUUAAGCCUCAGGAGGUUACUGAUAUCAUGAAGGAUUUUGAUGAGCCCGGUCAUCUUGCUCCUACUGGUUUGCACAUUGCGGGCGUAAAAUACAUGGUAAUUCAGGGAGAGCCUGGAGCUGUCAUCCGUGGGAAGAAGGGAUCUGGAGGCAUCACCAUAAAGAAAACCGGGCAAGCUCUAGUUUUCGGCGUCUAUGAGGAACCAGUUACUCCUGGACAAUGCAACAUGGUUGUUGAGAGGUUGGGAGAUUACCUCGUUGAUCAGGGUCUGUAGAUGAACCUGGAUCUUUGAAGAUUUGAACAAUUUUUGUUUGGGUAUUAUAUGCUUUUUAUUAUAUUCAGUUUUGGUCUGCACUUCUACAUUUCAACCCUAAAUUGGGUGUUGUCGCAGACAAUAACCAUUUGAGGAUUAAACAGUUUAUUUCUUGUUGGUUGUUUAAAUUUCGUUACUCUAGUUUCUUCUUUUUUAUCCAUAUCCUGUACUGUUAUGAGCACUACAUGAGAGGAUUUAUUCCAAUAAUGUAUGAUAAUCAUG